GAUUGUUGGUCAUUUACUCGACUUGUAUAGACGCCAUGUCUGCAGUAACAGAUGCGAGCAGUAAAGCAGCUUCCAAGAAGAAGAAAAAGGGCAAGAAGAAGGGCAAUGGGCAAUCAGGGACCGGUGCUACGCCUGCGGAUACCAAUGGCGGGAAAGAGGUAGCGGAGGAGGAGGACGACGACGAUGAACCUGAGACAUCUCAAGCACCGAGCAGCGAGACACCAGCAAAAGAAGCUGCUUCGGCCGACGAGGAGACUGCCCCGACCCGCAAUGGCACCACAGCUCCAGUCCAGUCUAGCAAUACGCAAGACGACGAUGAAGCGCCUGAGACGACUGAGGACACUCCCUCCGACACAACCGCUCGGUUAGAUGCAAUGCAACGGGAAAGAGACGCACUACGAGAGGAGGUGGCAGAGAUGCGGAAGUCGCUGGAGAAACUUCAAGAGAAGCACAGCGAGGAGAUGUCGGGAGUUAAGGAAGAAUUGGAGCAGACACAAGAGGGCAAAGAACAGGCGGAGACACAGUACAGAAAUCUGCUGGGAAAAGUCAACACUAUCCGAUCACAGCUCGGAGAACGUCUAAAAGCUGAUGCUGCGGAUCUGGAGCAAGCACGUGAAAGGAUAGAGGAGCUCGAAGGAUCUCAAAGAAACGCACAGGAGGAGCAUGAGAGGCUACAAGAAACUAUUGCCAACCUGACGACGGAGAAGUCCUCGCAGGCCACGGAGCUCGAGUCCUUACGCAGCCGCACAAACCUCUCAUCCUCCAACUUCGCCAGAGAGCGGGACGACCUCCUUUCACAGCAGGCAUUUCUCCGAGAAGAGUACGAAGUCGCCAAACAAGCCAUGCAAGACUGGGAGAUUCUCGCAACAGAGGAGCGGUCCCGUCGUGAAGUACUGGAGGAACGCACACAAGAGCUUGAGGACCAGCUCUCAUCCCUUCGAGACUCCUACGAGCGCGCAAAAGCAGAGGCAGACACACAAAACACCACAGUCGAUGGCCUCCAGCGAGCUCUCCGCGACCUCCAAGACGAACGCAAACGCGAGCUCCGCGAAAUGGUCGAAUCCACACAAUCCCAACUCGAAGCCCUACGAGCACAGACUUCCGCCGCAGAAGCCACAGCAACCGACCUCACCACCCAACUCGAAUCCGCCCGAUCAGAACUCACCCGCCUCACGCCUUUUGAAAAGGAAGUCAAAGAAAAGAACCUCCUCAUCGGAAAACUCCGCCACGAAGCUGUCAUCCUCAACGACCACCUCACCAAAGCCCUACGAUUCCUCAAACGUGGCAAGCCCGAGGACAACGUCGACCGCCAAUUGGUUACGAACCACUUCCUGCACUUCCUCCAACUCGAACGCAGCGAUCCGAAGAAAUUCCAAGUCUUACAGCUCAUCGCCGCACUACUCGGCUGGGACGACACACAACGCGAACAAGCGGGACUAGUACGGCAGGGAGGCCAAGUUCCGGGGAUGACCUUCGGCAACACAACAGGGAGUCUGAGACUACCCAUUAGUCCCUUCCGACGCACGCCCAGCACGCCGAGUUUGAAUCAGGAUUUCAGUCCUCUCAGUCCGGGACUAGAGGGCAAGGAGAGUCUGGCGGAGUUGUGGAGUGAGUUCUUGGAGCGAGAAGCGGAGAGUGGAGUUGGUGGUAGUGCGGCGGCGAGUCGGAGGGGGAGUGUGAGGAGUUCGCAGAGCGGAGUUACGAGUCCGAAUGUAGGGAGGCCGGAGGGGAGGAGGAAGGAGAGUCAGAGUGGGACGUUGGGGUUGGGGUUGAAGAGUCCGCCGUUGUCGUAG